AUGAACAUCUCUCACAUGCCAGCCCUGGUGUUGCCAGGAACCCUGCAAGUUCAAAACAGAAGCACCAUGAAGGGCAUCCCAUAUGACUUAUAUGACCACUGCCAGGAUUCUGUGGGUUUCACGUUCUUCAUUGUCACCUUUUACAGCAUUGAGACCAUUGUGGGGGUCCUGGGUAACCUCUGCCUGAUAUGUGUGCCCAUUAGGCAGAAGGAAAAGUCCAAUGUAACCAACCUGCUCAUCGCCAACUUGGCCUUCUCAGACUUUCUCAUGUGUCUCAUAUGUCAACCCCUCACUGUCGUCUACACCAUCAUGGACUACUGGAUCUUUGGUGAGGCACUUUGCAAGAUGUCAGCCUUCAUCCAGUGUUUGUCAGUGACAGUGUCUAUACUCUCUCUUGUCCUUGUGGCUUUGGAGAGGCAUCAGCUCAUCAUUAACCCAACAGGUUGGAAGCCCAAUAUCUCUCAGGCUUAUCUGGGCAUUGUGGUCAUCUGGCUCAUUGCCUUCUUCCUGUCCUUGCCCUUUCUUGCCAAUAGUGUCUUAAAGGAUGUUCUUCGCAUGAACCACUCCAAGGCUCUGGAGUUUCUGAAAGAUAAGAUGGUCUGUACUGAGUCUUGGUCAGUGGACUACCACCGCAUCAUCUACACCACCUUUCUGCUUAUCUUUCAGUAUUGUGCUCCCCUGACUUUCAUCCUGGCCUGCUAUGUCCGCAUCUACCUGCGUCUGCGGAAGCAGAGGCAAGUGUUCAACAAGGGCACCUAUAACUCACGCUCUUGGCAGAUGAAACGAAUCAACAGGAUCCUUAUGGUAAUGGUGGCUGCUUUUGCUGUGCUCUGGCUUCCCCUGCAUGUGUUCAACAGCCUAGAGGACUGGUAUCCUGAAGCCAUUCCGAUCUGCCAUAGCAACCUCAUCUUCCUGGUGUGCCAUCUGGUUGCCAUGGCCUCUACCUGUGUCAACCCUUUCAUCUAUGGCUUUCUCAACACCAACUUCAAGAAGGAGCUCAAAGCUCUCGUGCUGACUUGCCAGAAGAGCACCCCUGUGGAGCAGUCUGAGCAACUUCCCCUGUCCACAGUGCACACAGAGGUCUCCAAAGGGUCCCUGAGGUUCAGUGGCAAGUCCAAUCCCAUUUAA